GGACCAUCAUCCUUACUACAGAGGAUGGGAAGUUGAUGCCCAGUGAGAUUGGAAGAUCUGUUUUGUUCAUAGACACUCUCCUGUGGAUUCCCUGUGUUUUCUGGUGGUUUCACACCUUGACUCAUUCCUGCAGUUCCAGAACGUUGACUUCAGGCCCUCAUUGCCCUAUUUGGUGAAAGAUGGCAUCCAGCCUGACUUGUACUGGGGUGAUCUGGGCUCUGCUCUCUUUUCUUUGUGCUGCCACCUCCUGUGUGGGCUUCUUUAUGCCUUACUGGCUCUGGGGAUCACAGCUGGGCAAACCUGUGUCCUUCGGUACUUUCCGGAGGUGCUCGUAUCCUGUGCAUGAUGAGAGUCGGCAGAUGAUGGUGAUGGUGGAGGAAUGCGGGCGCUAUGCCUCCUUCCAGGGCAUUCCCAGCGCAGAAUGGAGGAUCUGUACCAUAGUGACGGGCCUGGGCUGUGGCCUGCUCCUCUUGGUGGCGCUCACCGCUCUCAUGGGUUGCUGUGUGUCGGAGCUCAUCUCCAGGACCGUGGGAAGAGUGGCUGGAGGAAUUCAGUUUCUGGGGGGCUUGUUGAUUGGUGCUGGCUGUGCCCUCUACCCCUUGGGCUGGGACAGUGAGGAAGUCCGGCAGACUUGUGGCUACAUUUCUGGCCAGUUUGACCUGGGGAAGUGUGAGAUCGGCUGGGCCUACUACUGCACGGGAGCAGGUGCCGCUGCCGCCAUGCUGCUGUGCACAUGGCUGGCUUGCUUCUCGGGCAAGAAACAGAAGCACUACCCAUACUGAGGUGGAGCCAUCAGGAGAAGCCGAAGAGAAGACAGGCCACAGGGGCUGGAAGGGGCCAAAACUUCCGGCUACUUCUAAAAGGUGGAAUAGUGGUUCUGAUUCAAUACCGUGCUAAUGAAGGGAAACCCGAUGGAACAAGGAACUUUAUUGAGGAAGGGAGGGUGGUGGGAGGCUGGUGACAGAAAUGGAGAAUGAUGGA